UGGAUUUACAAUUGUGUUAUUAUCGGUCAAUUGAAAGGAAUGCCCUUUAACUGUAGUCGCGAUUGUGUUGGUAUUAGAUACCGCAUAAAUUCCCUGCAUCAAACCUGGAAGUGGCUGCAUCAGACUAUUGCCCUGCACGAAUAUCUCAUCUCUAAGGCCUCUUCGGAUACGGACCUUUUUGUGGUCGCAGGAAGCCAGUCUCAAUAA